GUGGCCUUUGCGACAUUGGAUCUUCUGCUCGUGAAGUUGGUGCGUUGCCUUGGCUACAGAAUAGUUACUGACCUCGGAGCUUGCUGUUUCAUAGACGGGCUAUCCUGCUAUUGGUUCAGCCAUGUUGAUUCUACCUUUCGACUCGUUGUAGCACACCGGCCCCUUGCUAUCAACUGAAGUCGCCAUGCAAUCCUUGGUCGAUGUCUGUUAACACAAUAACGGUCAAUAUUACGCAAAACUUUCCCCGGGUGCAUUAAAGCUUGGUGUCAGUCUUGCCGUAAACCAAUGUCAGGGUAUAUUAUGGAACUUCUAAGAUCAUUCAACCUUCGUCGGCGCCCUCUUCUGAGAGAGUUUCUGGCAGAGAUGUUUGGAACUUUCAUCUUAAUGAUAUUCGGAAUCGCAUCCUGUGCGCAGUCGACCCUCAGUGGCAAGACGCAAGGGUCACCGAUGACUGCCAGCAUCAGCUGGGGCUUAGCCGCCGCUAUAGGUGUCUCCUCGUCUGUUGGAAUCACUGGUGGCCACAUUAACCCGGCAGUAACAUUUGCCAACGCAGUCAUUGGUCGCCUCCCGUGGGUGAAAGUUCCUGUCUACAUGUGCGCUCAGUACCUGGGCAGUUUUAUCGCUUCCGUUAUCUGUUUCUUCGUCUACUUAGAGGCAUUAAAUCACUUUGAUGGCGGCGUUCCGCCAAGUGACCGGAGACCUGGCCACGGCAAACAUUUGGGCAACGUAUCCCCAGACCUAUGUCUCGGUGUGGACAGGCCUUGGUGACCAGAUCCUUGGCACGUCCUUACUGAUGAUGUGCGCAAUGGCCCUGUCAGAUGGCCGCCAAAGGGGCAACAAAGCGGCGCAACUCAACCCGCAAGUCUUGACCGGCCUGGUGGUAGUCCUCGGUUUCGCCUUCAGCCUCAACUGCGGCUGCGCCUUGAACCCGGCCCGCGACCUUGCUCCGCGCUUCUUCACGGCCAUCGCCGGCUGGGGCCUGGAGCCGUUCAGUUUCAGGAACUACAUGUGGUUCUGGGUGCCGGUGGUGGGUCCUCACGUGGGUGCCAUAGUGGGAGCUGUUGUAUAUGAGGUGGCUGUGGGCUUACACUGGCCCACUGAUGACGAAUUACAAAAAGACUCACCCGACGGGAAAGGCCCGAAAUCUGAGGGAAUCAUGAACGAAGCGCUGGGUACGUUGUAUCCUCUUGUAUUUUUCUCUUUCAUCUUCUCCUACUGA